GUCGGGUCGCCUUCUAGCCAAUUUUCAGUCGAUAUGUCCUCGUGCAAAGUCCGUCAAKACAUCGGAAGAUUCUCGUCAAGUUUGUACGUUGUCAAGGCAACAACAAGUAAUUACAGCUUGUCAUAUUGAUCUAUCUCAGUCCAAAGAAAGACAACAGAACACAAGUUUCACUAACAAACCUAUUAAUCUAAGCUGCAAAAAAUGAGUAUUAGGACCUACAACCACUCAGUUCUUAUAGGAAACUGGAAUGAAGACAUCUGCUUGGAAGAUGAUAAAUUAAAAGAUUUCUUGGAUAAAAAAGAAAGAGGAGAAUUGCUGAUUCAAAAAGCAAGUAAUCUUCUAGGGAAUAUUUUGAAAAAGAUUGAUCUUUCAAUAUCACACGAUGGCUUUCUACAUUUUGGAGACGUURUCUGCUUAUAUAACCCUGCAUUUGAAGUCUUUCUUGCUGCAAACAUGUCUGAAAGCAAGAUGCACGAAGCAAAGUCUCUGACAGGGCCCUGUGAGUUAUCAGCAACUAAAUCACUUGAACCUUGUGUCAGAAAUGCAUUUGUUAUACUCAGCCCUUACCCAAACCAGGAAGGUCAAGUUCUACGGUAUGGUCAACCAUUUCUUCUAAGUACCCUCCCAGGUGUUGGAGGAGAGUUAAAAGUCCAUAGUGACAGAGUAACAUUCAACAAGUCUGCCAAGAAGUCCAGGAAACAAGAAGUCUUACUUACAGAAGACACAUCUUUCACAUCUCAUUGGAAUUGUUUAUGUUUCAAUCCCAAGGAGCGCCUUGAAAGUGAUGGCAUGCCAGUAACGGCUAAUCAAAGACUUAUCAUAAACCACUGUAAAACCAACCAAAAUCUUGCAUGUUUAACAGAAUUCUCAUUUCGRACACCAUUUGGUCGUGAGUUUGAAGURGUAUCACAUUCUCUGAUGGAUUCACAUCGAGCAGAAAUGCCUGCCAACCACUGGGUCAUUUUAACUCGUAUGGUGGAAGAYGCUGCACAACAGCAUGAACUUGAAAAAGAGCAAAUGCUAAAACCCAGUGAAACUCUKGAGRCAUUYAAUGAGCCGCCUAAAGCAGGUCCCUUCCCUGUUGCUGAGCCGCCAGAGAACCCUGUAUCUAUCAAUGGAGUGUAGAUAUAAAUUAUAUAUUGGUAUAUAGAUAUGUGCAUAUGAAUUGGAGUGAUUUUAUAGGGUUCUGGAUAUUAAUCUUCAGGUUUAUUUGUAAAAUUAAUACAUUAUUUGUUAAUAAACCAUAUAUAUUGUUGAAUUGA